AGCUAAGCCUAACACCCCUUAAAUGACUAGUAUUCCCCCAACUACCCCAACCCUAAUCAAUACGUUCUUCUCUUCUCGUUCUUUUCUUUUCUUCUCGUUCUUGUCCGCUCCACCUCGUUCUUCUCGCUUUCGUUCAUCAUCGACCUCCCAGUCGCCGCCGAUCCCUCCAAAGCUGUCGACGAUCCUCCACCAAGCCGACGAUCUUCUCUGCCGGCGUCUCCUUUCUCCCUCUCCGACCAGCCCUCACUCCCCCAGCUCUGACCUCUCCCUCUCUGACCUUUGCCUGGUAAAGGGAUUUCAAAAUUUUAGCUCUAAUUGGAAGAGAUUUUAUAACAAAAUGCCUUCUCUUCAAACAGCACUACCUCCUGAACUUGCCAACAAUGCCAUUAGGCUGUAUCGUGAAUGUCUACGUAGAGCAAAGUACGUUGGUCAUAAGCAACAUAACACGGAGCUUGUUGUUCAAAUGGUGAGGCAGCAAUUCAGAAAACACAUGCAUGAAACAGACCCAGAGAGGAUUCAAAAGCUCAAAGACGAUGCAGCAAGAGGACUUAUAAAUCACAUAUUAUAUGAGGCAGAGGAGUUGACAGGCAGGAAAUUCAGCUAGCUAGCUUUAGCUACCUCAACAUCGCCAUAAUUCAUCUUAAAGUCUCAAAAAGAUACUGAUUUUGACUUGACUUUUCAUGGGUCAAAUCUUUAUUCAAUAAUUUCACUUGAAACUUCAAUUUUAUCAAGUUUUGUUGUAACAUCCCCAAAUUUCGAGCCAAUUUAAAACUUUUGGAUUCAUUUGAAA